AUGACCAGCACUGAUGCAUGUCCCCACAGUGAGUGCAGGACUGAUGCCUGUGGCUCCUCUGCAGACGCCUCGUGCACACGCAGACCUGAGGCAGAUGCAGACGCCUCGUGCACACGCAGACCUGAGGCAGAUUUAGACGCCUCGUGCACACGCAGACCUGAGGCAGAGGCAGACGCCUCGUGCACACGCAGACCUGAGGCAGAUGCAGACGCCUCGUGCACACGCAGACCUGAGGCAGAUGCAGACGCCUCGUGCACACGCAGACCUGAGGCAGAGGCAGACGCCUCGUGCACACGCAGACCUGAGGCAGAUGCAGACGCCUCGUGCAGACGCAGAUCCCUGGCCGAGAUGCUCCACCUGCUGACGGCGGUGGUGGUGUGGCUGGUGACUGGGAGCACCAUCUCCAGUUUGAACAAAUGGAUCUUUGCGGUGUACAAGUUCCGGUACCCUCUGCUGCUGUCUGCGUUGCACAUGCUGACGGCCAUUGUGGCGGACUACGUUCUGCUCAAACUGCGGAUGAUCCACCACAGACGAGAGCAAGACCUCACGCCCAGCGCCAAGUGCAAGGUGUUCCUGCUGAGCCUCACCUUCUGCGCCAGCAUCGCCUUCGGGAACCUGGGCCUGACCUACGUGCAGCUGUCCUUCGCUCAGAUGAUCUACAGCACCACCCCCCUGUUCACUCUGGCCAUCUCCUCCAUGGUCCUGGGUCAGCAGCACCACAUGGUGAAGUACACGGCCAUGAUGCCCAUCUGCCUCGGCGCCUCCUGCAGCGUCCUGGGGGAGGUGCACUUCGACCAGACCGGUUGCAUGUUCGUGUUCGCCGCCACGGUGCUCCGAGGCGUCAAGUCCAUCCAGCAGAGCAUCCUGCUGCAGCAGGAGCAGAUAAGCUCCAUGUUCCUGCUGUACCUGAUGGCCAUCCCCAGCUUCUGCAUUCUGAGCGUGGCGGCGCUGGUUCUGGAGACGUGGUCCGAGCGGCCGCUGCAGCUGGACGUGCGGCUGUGUGUGUGCGUCCUGCUCAGCUGCCUGGGCUCUGUUCUCUACAACGUGUCCAGUAACUGCGUGAUCUCGCGGACCUCGGCCGUCACGCUGCACGUCCUGGGGAACCUGUCUGCGGUGGGGAACCUCCUGGUGUCGCAGCUGCUGUUCGGCUGCGAGCUGUCGGCGCUCAGCUGUGUGGGGGCGGGGCUUACUCUGUUUGGGAUUCUGCUCUUCCAGAACUCAGAGCUCAUCAUACACUACAUGGACAGGUCUAAGGAGAACUCUGAAGAGAACUCUGAGGACAGCUCUAAAGACUGUGAGAGAGACAGAGACGGCACUAAAGACAGCUCUGAAGACAGCUCUGAGGACAGCACUAAAGAGCCUUCAGACUGCUCCUCUGGUCACAUGGUACAAAGCUCUCUUCAGUCUGGAGACAUCACUGAAACGCAGUUGCACAGGAGAAAGACAAAACCUCAAGACAAAAUCAAUUGA